AUGGCUCCACUGGUCCUCCUCCUCCUCCUCAGCCUCCUCUUGAGCUGCACAGACUCCCUGCCUCCUCCUCGGCUCUCCUUCCUCCUCAACUCGACGGAGCGUCCUCUGGUCCACCGCAGCGUCCUGAACACCACCACCCUGUUGCUGAGCGACGAUGGCUCCACCCUCUACGUGGGGGCACAAGACGCCGUCCUUUCAUUGGACGUCAGUCGUAGUGAUGUCAUCAGCCUGAAGAAGGUGGCGUGGAGUCCGUCUGAGGACGAGAUCAUCCGCUGCGGACAGACGGGGAAGAGUCGGACGGUUGACUGUCCAAACUUUGUCCACGUACUUCAACUAAUAAACUCCUCCCACCUGUACGCCUGCGGCAGCUACGCCUACAACCCCCAUGAGGCCUUCAUCGACAUUGAAAGCUUCUCUGUGGUCCAUCAGGGCGGAGCUAAAGGUCACUGUCCGUUCAGCCCCUUUGAGAGGAGCGCUGCAGUCGCCAUCGACGGGGAGCUGUUUACCGCCACAACCACCACCUUUAGAGGAAACGAGCCACAGAUUUCUCGAUACUUCAGCAAAGAUGGCCGCCCAGACGUCAACUUGGACACAUCUGUCCGCUUACUGAAGGAGCCCACGUUCGUGAGCUCGUCGUUGGAUCCGGCCCAGAACAAGCUCUACUUCUUCUUUACUGAAGUUGGGGAAGAGUUCAGUUUCGUAAACGAGUUUCGAAUCCCCCGAGUGGCUCAAGUCUGCAAGGAUGAUGUUGGUGGACAGAGGACACUGCAGAAGAAGUGGACGUCCUUUGCCAAGGCGGCUGUGAUGUGCCAGAAGGCCGGACAGCUUCCGUUUAACCUCCUGCAGGACGUGUUCGUCCUCGGGCCUCCGGAAGGCAGCAGCGCCUCAGAGACCCGGUUCUACGGAGUCUUCACCUCCCAGUGGUCCACGCAGUCUGCCGUGUGCUCGUUCAGCCUGCAGGACGUCAGAAACGUCUUCACCGGAAACUACAGAACCUUAAACGUUAACUCUCAUCAGUGGAGUCCAGUCCAGGACAGACGGUCCCACCUGGGACAGUGCGGACUGUCGGAUUCUUCGGAUCCUGAGCUGGAAGAGGUGAAGAAGACCUUCCUGACCAGUCAAAGUGUGGACCCCAAACAGGUUCUGGUCUCCUCGGAUCAGAAGUACACCCGGCUGGCUGCCAUGAGGACGCUUGCAGCUGACGGCCGACUGUAUCACAUCCUGUUCCUGCUCACCGAGACUGGCUUCCUCCACAAGGUGGUCCUGUUGGACCAGGGCCCCCGGGUCAUCGAAGAGAUCCAGGUCUUCACACAACCUCAACUGGUCCAGAGCCUGGUCCUGUCCUCUUCCAAGGGGGUUCUGUACGUGGGCUCGUCUGAAGGUGUGACGGUGGUACCGGUGGCCCGAUGUUCCAUCUACAGAACCUGCAGGCGGUGCAUCCUGGCCCAAGACCCUCUGUGUGUGUGGAGCCGGUCCAGGAAAGUCUGCACAGGUCUGGACCAGAACCAGAACCAGGAGGACAUAGUCCAGAACCUGGACACCGGCAGCGUGGGGGACAAAUGUGCGGAGGACAACCGGGUCGCUGAGGACACAGAAGUUUUCGUCCACCUGAACGACGCCGUCAGGCUGCCGUGUCUGAAGCCGUCCAACGUGGCCACCCUCACCUGGACCUGGACUCGAGCCGGACCUCUGCCGGAGAAGCUCUUCAUCUUGUCGAGCGACGGCAGCCUCAGCUUCCUCGCCUCCUCCGUCACUGUCAGCAGGUACCGCUGCGAGGCCGAGGAGGGCGGGGCCAAGGAGGUGGUGGCGAGCUUUGUCGUCCGGCAGAUCCUCAGUCCUCGAUCGUUCCAGACGGACUCCACCGGUUCUGAGGAGAAGUUUGAAGAGAUUCUGACCGAGGAACCGAGCACUGGACCAGGUCCAGAGGAUUCUGGAACAGAAAGUCCAGAUGGAGAACCAACAACCGAUGAAGAACUGAAACAGAACUUUACAGACGGGCCGAAGAACCGUCUGACCGCAGCUAAAGGUGAAGAACUCCCAGCCCAACCUGACGGUUCUGAUGACGGUUCUGAUGACAGAAUGGACCUUCUCUCCACGUCCAGACAGAACCUGCACUCUGGGCUGAGACCCUCCCAUGAACCUCAGGGGGAGAAGAGUUACUACAGAGAGCUGGUUGUUGUCUCCCUUCUGCUGGCCGUCUCGGUCCUGGUUCUGGUUCUGGGAUCGGUCCACAUCUGGAGACAAAAGAAAAGCGGUUCCGGGUCGGAUCGGCUGGUUUCUGCAGAGGACUUCAGCAAAACGAGCACGGCCCUCGAGAUUUGUUCUCUGAGCACUCCAGAGGACACGGCUCUGGGUCAGACCGUCAGUCACUAA